UUCCUGAUUUUACUGGAUAGUUUCUCACGUAAAUUCCCGUAUCAUCGGUUCCCCUUUUCGAAAUUUUCGGAAUUUUUGGUUGAAUGGAAAGUGCCUAUGGUGUACUGCAACUUUUCAUAUGCAAAUGAUUUUGUUUAUUCCUUGUCUUGCAAAUCAAAGUCAUUUCCACAUGAAAGGUUCUCCAACAAGACUGGUUUUGCAAUAAGGGCAUAAAAAACCCCCUCAAAUGGCUUUGUUAUGCUUAGCAAGCCAUGAAUUCCACAAUUACUCUUGAAAUCGAAGAUUCCCCCAUGUUGACAUCUACAGUAAAUAAUCUGUAAAUGCACCGCUGAUUAAACCAUGAAAGACGAAUACGAUCAACAAGAAAAAAACAGUUAAAUUAACAUUAAUUACACGUGAGUUUCAAGAAUAACUUGCCGUUUUAAAGCAAGGGAAAAAACUACACUCAGCCGUAUUACGUGCAAAAUAUAACACACAAAAGGAGUACAGCAAUUAGUAAAUAGCAAGGUAACUAAAUAUUUUUAGGCUGCAUUGGAUUGCAAUUCUUAAGAGCACUUUAUAAGCUGCAAAUAUCUGGUUAAAAAUAACAAAUUGAAAGAAAUUAUUUUGACGCAAAUCCCUUAUUCCCCGCUGAUUCUAUCAACUUACAAGUGUGUAAUCACUUUGUAAUGAAUUGGAAUAUGAGCUGCGCUCUUGUCGUGCACCACAAUUAAAUCUUUAUCAAAUCUGAUUUAGACGAAAUUCAUUGGCUAAAUAACGUUUACAUUUGCAAUAUUAUGCCUACGAACUCAAUAUAAUAGUCUCACAAGUGUUCCUGUUUCACAGAUCUCGAGCGGACUUCAAAGUUCUACACCUGACACGCAUCGUACAUUUGGAAACAUUUCAGCGCAAUGAAAACCUUUCUGUGCCUAUUUCUCCUGUUUCUGAUGUGGCAAGUUAGAGCAGAACAACCUGAUUAUAUUUACAAAGCUGAUGCACAGAUUUGCAAGCCAUACUUCCUUCAAUGCAGACAAAAUCCUGAUAAAGAAAUAAGUGCAUGUUUUCAGGAGACUUACUAUUCUUGUAUUCCCACGUUUCGUGAGGCAUUUCAAGCCAUUGAGCAGUGUGCCGCAGAAGCUGGUGAAGAUUUGGAAUCUUUGCUGAGUUGCAGAAAAGGCGUUACAGGGGCAUGACUGGCGCGAGACGAGCAGUAUAUCAACUAUCGUCCGCUUUAAUGCAAGAAAAAAAGAAAAAACAAAGAGUGUAUCUAAAUUGUAGAGUCUGACAAGUAUGUCUAGUAGAAGAAAUAUUUUCUUUAUUCGUAUACGUUUUUUUUUUUCGUUAUGGAUAUACAGUCGUCAUUGGAAAAUAAAAGUUCAUGAAAACUCAGCUCCUUAUAGCGACUCAUUCUCUUUUUUUAAUAACGCCAGUAGUACUUUUUCUACAUGGUCAGAACAUGCCUUAAUGGGCCGUGCAAGGCUGGGGAGAGGAGAGGGCGUAGCAAUAAGGUUGGUGACGUAGC